GCCGAGCCGGAAGUGCAGCCCGCCACGUUUAUUAGCAGGGGGACUGGUAGGACCGAGGGAGUAGCGAUGGUUGACAACGCAGCCCCCGAGGCUCCGCUGUGCUCCGAGCAGUUCGGCUCCGGGACAGCGCGGGGCUGCAGUGUCGCCAGCGACGGGAGCCUGCAGUGGGAGCCCUGGGGGUGGCGCUGGUGGCGAUUCACCCGGCCCUUCGCGGUGAAACCCGAAGCGCGGGAUGAGGGGGCAGCAGCGGCCCCUGCGGCCUCCUCGCCGGCCCUCUCCGGGCUCCAGGCCCUGUUCCUGCCGCGCCUUUGCCUCCAGCCUCUCCGGCUCCCUGGCUACCCAGGCGGUCUUGUUGGGCAUAGGGGUGGGGAAUGCAAGAGCCUCCGUUUCAGCUGCCACAGCUACCUGGCUUGUGAAAGACUCAACUGGCAUGCUGGGCCGCAUUGUCUUUGCCUGGUGGAAGGGGAGCAAACUGGACUGUAAUGCCAAGCAGUGGAGGCUUUUCGCUGACAUCCUCAAUGAUGUAGCCAUGUUCCUCGAGAUUAUGGCUCCCAUAUACCCGAUCUUUUUCACCAUGACCAUCUGUACCAGCAACCUGGCCAAGUGCGUUGUGAGCGUGGCUGGCGGGGCCACCCGGGCUGCGCUGACCAUGCACCAGGCCCGCAGAAACAACAUGGCCGACGUGGCAGCCAAGGACGGCAGCCAGGAGACUCUGGUGAACUUAGCAGGACUCCUGGUCAGCCUCUUGAUGCUUCCGCUGGUGUCUGAUUUCCCUAGUGUCAGCCUCGGAUGUUUCUUCCUCCUCACUGCCCUCCACAUCUACGCCAACUACCGGGCAGUCCGGGCCCUUGUUAUGGAGACCUUGAAUGAAGGCCGACUCCGGUUGGUCCUGAAGCACUUCCUUCGGACAGGAAAUGUGCUUGACCCCACUUCAGCCAAUCAGAUGGAGCCACUGUGGACAGGUUUCUGCCCAUCUCUGUCUCUGUCCCUGGGGGUCCCCCUACACCGCUUGAUCUCCAGCGUCUCGGAUCUGCAGCAGCUGGUUGAGGGGCACCAAGAACCCUACCUCCUUUGCUGGGACCAGUCACGAAACCAGGUGCAGGUAGUUCUGAGCCAGAAAGCAGGCCCUGAGACUGUCCUCAGGGCUGCCACACACGGGCUGGUGCUGGGAACCCUGCAGGGAGAUGGGCCUCUCCCAGGAGAGCUGGAGGAGCUGAGGAACUGGGUGCGGGCAGGUCCUGAGAAAGAUAGCCGGGUCAUUGUCAGGAAGAUGCACCAAGUGUUGGACACGCUGUUCCCAAAGUUCCUGAAAGGACUGCAGGAUGCUGGCUGGAAGACCGAGAAGCACCAGCUAGAGGUGGAUGAGUGGAGGGCCACGUGGUUUCCAUCUCCAGACAAAAAAGUCUUGUGAGCAGCCCAGAGCCCAGGGUAGCCUGGAGCAAGGACACUUCGGCCAUAGCAGGGUGUGGGAAAAGCAGCUUUAUUUUUGCUUAGAGAACUGCUAUGGCAGGUUGGCCAAGGCUCCAUGGGAAGUUCCUGCCAAUGAGAUGGACUGGGCCCCCGGCAGAGAUAAGGCAGAAAGAAGAGGAUCCAGGGACUCCCACUCCCACCCCUGCCCUUCUCCUUUCUAGAAACCACUGCAGGCUCCCUACCCCACUAAUUUGAGGUUGAGCCCUGCCCUAGCUAUGGC